AUGAGAACAGCACCUAACAAGCGGCGAGCGGGGAAAGGCGACGUCGACGAUUUAUCCACGAGAUCGACUCGUUACUUAGAUCGGUUGCGGCGCGCGACGAUAGAUGGCGUGCUGCGGCGCGGGCGCAUAUCAGAUGCACGACUGGCGCAAGCGACGCCGCCGCCGUGCGCUAUCGACCGAUUUACUGACUGUACCAGUGCGAUCAUAUUAGAGAAUUUGUGGCUAUCUAAGUAA